GAGGGCAUCUAAAGCUCCACCUCCGCACAACGACGUACUUUUUGGCCAAGGUAGAUGGAGGGCUCCGUGGAUGGCUCACCGUCGCCGGUGCGUGGUUGUUGCAAUUUACCAUGGUGAGAGCUGUCACUUCUUUUGGCAGCUAUCAGACGGUUUAUCAGAAUAGCUGGCUGAGUACAUACUCUUCCUCAAGCAUCUCGUGGAUAGGCAGUCUGCAGCUAUUCUUGAAAUUUUUAUGUGUUACGCGGCAAGCGGCGAUUUGGCAGCGCCUACACUGCCAACACAAAGCUCACUGUCCUAUCCAUUUGCUUCUUUUCCGCGGACCCACUCGCCAUCUGAACACAUGACUAGCUUGGGAAUCGUUGGUGGCUUCCUCCUCGACGCGGGCCGAUUCCGUGUGACCAUCGCCUAUGGCACCUUGCUUUUCAUUUUCGCCUUCUUUAUGCUAAGCCUGUGCCAGGCAGGAAUGUUUGCUCCCAUCCUCUUAAGUCAAGGCAUCGGCAUGGGCGCCGGUUUGGGCUUCGCUUACUUGCCUGUGUCUGGAGUGGUGUCUCAACACUUCAACGAACGGCGCGGCUUGGCAAUGGCAUCACCACUGCGCGAUCCGGCGUAUGUCACAACCAUUUCAAGCGGUUUUGUCGUGUCCCUUGGGCUUUACUAUCCCAUUUUUGCAAUCGAAGCGUUUGCGCUCGACAGAGGCAUCCAUCCAGACCUAGCCUCAUGGUUGAUGUCCCUCUUGAACGUGUCAAGUGUUCUAGGGCGACUCAUACCCAAUUAUCUAGCCGACCACUGGGGAAUGUAUGAGCUCUACGUGCACUGUACGACGGCGGCAGCGGCACUCCUGUUCGCCUUUCCAGCCUGCACAACAGCUGGUCCCAUCGUCGUCUUUGCAAUUCUCUAUGGAUUCUUUUCAGGAUCGAUCGUGUCUCUCUACUUUCCGACCGUCUCAUCGCUUGAUCCCCCACGUCGCAUCCAUUGGUCUUCGCCUGGGUUUGGCGUGUAUGCAAGUUGGGGUCGCUUCGCUAGUUGGAACGCCUAUAGCCGAAGCUCUCGUCGGAUCUGGCAGGCCUGCCUCUUUUCGCCGAUGGCCAGCAGGCGCUUAUUUUGGAGCCGCGGCAGAGAUACUCAGUGCUGGACUUCCCGCCGGUGCAUGGUUUUCAGUCAAGCGUCGGUCUUGUCCGGCAUAUGCGUGAUGCCUCUCUUCGAGACAAAGCCCCAUUUGAUCUCAAAUACUGCUCACAAAGUCGAACUGUUGUGACCUUCCACUGGCAGAGACUCAUGCACAGACCUGUACCCAUGGGAAACGUGAAUCAUGGAUGGUUGAGAGAGAGAAUCUCCGCUUCAAUGGGAACGCGCUGCCUUAGUG